UUUCUUUUCUCCGGGUUGUUAUUAAGAAGUAAUGAGGGGACCGGGGAGUCAGCCGGUGAGUUGUCCGUCGCCUAGCUGCCGCUCCCCGGGGUCCCCGCCUGUCGCUGCCUCCGCGGCGGAGACCCCCGACAGCGGCGAGCCGCAGCCUCACGCAGACAUGGAGGUGAAGCCGGUGACCUUGUGCAAAAGGUCUGGGGAGGCAAGACUGCACGGCAAGAAGGACGGCGUUUUGACUGCUGAGAUGGUCUCCAGCAGUGUGUCCCACCUCGGAUGCUUUGGCACGGCGCUCCACCACUACCAUACUCUGUCUCUACCUAAUCACAAUCUCAGCGACAUCUCUGUGUUAAGCAGUUAUAUUCACCUUCAAAAGCUGGAGUUGCCACAUAACAGGAUUAGAGAUUUGUCCUGUGUGAGCAACAUGCCCUCUCUGGUUACCCUGGAUGCAUGCCACAAUGAAAUCUCCAACUUCUUUGAAUUCCAGCCCCCCAAGAAUCUAAAGGAGGUCAAAUUCUCCCACAACCGCAUGACAAAAAUGAAGGAUUUGGGUGAAUAUUUAUCCCUCUGCAAACUGGACCUGGACUACAACAGCUUCUCUGAGAUCAGUGGUCUGCAGCAGUGCUGCAAGCUCACCCAUCUCAGCCUGGCACACAACAAGAUCUCCAGGAUCAGCGACCUGGACAGUCUGCCGCUCAAACACCUCUGUCUGAGGGGAAACCAGCUGGAGAAGAUUGAAGGUCUGGAAAACCUGAAGAGCUUACAGGUUCUUGAUUUGUCUCUGAAUCGCAUUGCAAGUCUUUCAGGCCUCCAGAACCUUCACAUGCUGGGCUUGAUCAACCUGGAGAAGAACCAGAUAAGUGAAAUUCAAGAAUGCAAACACAUUUAUAAUCUCUCUUCAUUGAGAGACCUCAGUCUGGUGGGAAACCCCGUGCAGGAGCAGCCUGAUUACAGACUGGCAGUCAUCUUCCUCCUUCAGCAUCUGACUGUGCUGGAUCAAGAAAAAGUCACUGCUGAAGAAAAGGUGGCAUCGGUAAACAAGUAUGACCCUCCUCUGGAGGUGGUGGCCGCCAGAGAACACAUGACGCACCUCGUGUAUCAGCUGAUGCAGCCCCAGGUCCUUUUUGACAGCACCUUGCCCAGUGCAGACUCCCCCUACCCGAUGCUGGUGCUCACAGGACCUCAGGGCUGCGGGAAAAGAGAGCUGGCUCACCGGCUGUGCCAGGAGUUCAGCGAAUACUUUGCUUAUGGUAUCUGUCACACGACGAGGCAGCCCUACUUCGGCGAGGAGAAUGGAAUCGACUAUCAUUUUGUCAGCGAGGAGGAUUUUAAAGACAUGGUUCACAUGGGUAAGUUCAUCCAGACGAUGAGCUACGGGGGUCAUAGCUACGGCCUCAGCAGAGAAGCCAUCGAGCAAGUGGCUCAAGAAGGACUGGCCUCCUGCGUGCACAUGGAGCUGGAGGGUGUGUUCAGUCUCAAGAACACCUACUUUGAGCCCCGGUACAUCCUGCUCAUCCCCACCCAGCUGGAAAAGUACAGAGACCACCUGACAGGCCGCGGACUCUACACCGCGGUGCAGAUCGACGCCGCGGUGUCUCGCGUGGAGCUCUAUGCCAACACCAACAGGCAGCGUCCGGGGUUCUUCGACAACGUGAUCGCUUGUGAUGACUGGGAGGAAGCCUUCCAGACACUGAGGCAAGUAAUGAAGGAGUACCUGUUGCUAGAGGAGCAGGAGGAAGGAAAGAGCAGCAACAACAACAGAGAAUCCCCUGACAGCGCCUGCUCAGCCACGGGUCACGAGCCAGAGGACAAGCCGCUCUCGCCCGUGUCAAGGUCAGGAAAGGAGAUUCUGGCAUCUCCCUCGCUCAACGCUCUGGACCCUUCAAAUCCCUCCUACAGAUCCUAUUUCACCCGGAUCCAAGCAGAGCUCAGCUCCCACAAGACCCCUGCUGAGCUGGCGUCCGUCAGGAGGCGCGAGCAGCUGGUGAGGGAGGCCAUCGUGGGGAAGAGCCCGGGGGUCUACAGCCAGCUCUUCAAAAGUUCUGCUCAAACGGAUCCAUCAUCGCUCCACGAUCAUGAUCCUGGUUCCCAAAUUCACGAGGACAACAGCUCUGCUGCGUCCCGCGCCAGCUCGGCUCUGUCUGUGCCCAGUUCAGCCGGGGCGCUGUCAGGCUGCGUGGAGCCGCUAAAUAUCUCCGUCCUGGGACAUUCCCUGGAAACGCCGGAAGGAACAGACCGGCUCCCUGCAGGAGUGUCUCCGUCCUCCGACAGACGUCCGGGGUCCAACGUGAAGCCCGUCCUGCCUCCGAUCCCCACCGGUCGGAAGACGCCGGUCACACCCAGCCCGGCUCCGUCACCCAGACCCAGCUCCAAUCCAGCCGCCGUGGAGGAAAACGCAAGCAACACGAAUCAGGAAGAAGAGCCUGAAAGGGGUUUUGAUGUGUGAAGUUUCAGUUCAGUUUUAAAGAAUAAAAUGUUUCUUCCAUUAGAAGAAGCCUUCACUGGAGUCGUUACAUGAAUAAUAGUAAUUUAAAAAAAGAAGAUCAGCCUCUGUAGUUGUGAAAGUGAAAAUCUGACCACAAAACCACAUGCUUGUUGCUGUUUUGCCACAAACUUCACAGACUGUGGUUUCACAAGCCAAACACUCCAGAUGAUCUUUUCUCUGUUGGAACCUGCUCGCUCCUCUGAUCUGUCACUCAUGCUCCAGCAUGUCUGGGAAAUUUGCUAUAUUGUGUUUCUCGAGUGAUAAUAUUAAUGAUCAUAUAAUUACAGGCAAGGUUGUAAGCUUCCUUUUUAUUAGAAGACUUAAUGGCCUGGAGGUGUACAUUUCUGACUUACAGUGUGAUUCUGACUUCUACUAAGAGAAAUACUUCAGUCAUGAUGAACAUAAUGGCCUCUUGAAGAACACAGCUCUCUUUGUCUUUUCGUGUUCAUUUCUUUUAAAGGUACAUUGAAUGUAGCGUUAAUUUCCCCGACAGUGAAGUGGCGAUAUAUUUCUCACCGCAGUCGUCUUUAUCGAACAGGAUUUGCCGUUGACUCAAACUGUAGAUACUCAUCUUUUUUGUGUCGUGUGGAACUCUUGUCACCGGAUGAUGAAUACGUCAUUAAUCUUUAUCAUUUCUCGCCGGGAUUAUUUAU